UCAUGGUCGAGUGUUUUGAGAGAACGUUUUAAGUUUGUAUCUUAUAUCCGUGUUACAUGUGUGGUUUUAUAUUUUUGGAAAACAAAUGAAGUAAGGUUUACUGAUGGACCGGACGUAGCAGGAAUCGAGAUUUUGAUUAAACGGUCAAAAUGGCACCACCGGAUCCAGUGACGCAAAUGAACACGUACCGGUCGUACGUGACUAUGCUGGCCGAUCCAGUUUCCAAAGACGAACUGAAACUGAAGGCCGCCCAAGAACUGUCAGAAAACUUCGAGGUGAUCAUGUGCUCCUCGCAAUACCCGGCGUUUCUCGAUCACAUGAUGAAAAUAUUUUUAAAGAUCCUCCAAGAAGGCGAGCCUCACUUCAUAUCGGAGUACAACAUCCAACAAGUCCGGAAAUUAAUUUUAGAAAUGAUACACAGAUUGCCAAGCAACGAUUACCUACGACCGUACGUAAAACAGAUAUUGAGUCUAAUGUCGAAGCUGUUGGAGACCGACAACGAGGAGAACGUGUUGGUCUGCUUGAGGAUCAUCAUCGAGCUGCACAAACAGUACAAACCGACCUUCAAUCCGGAGAUACAAUAUUUUCUGCAAUUUGUGAAAUCCGUGUACAGCGAGUUACCAAAGAAUUUGCCAAAAAUAUUCGAGCCUCGUCCGCCGUUAAGGGUGAAAGACUUGUCGGAGAUAAACAUAGAAGCACUCUUGAAAGAGACAUUCACGAUCACAGCUAUACAGAGCGAGAAGAAAGCAGCUGACGGUACUGUCGUAACAUACAAUCUCAUUCCUAAAGCAGUAAUGUCCCUUAAAGUACUCCAGGAACUGCCGAUCAUCGUUGUACUCAUGAACCAAUUAUACAAGCAAAACGUUCACCAAGACGUGUCAGACUUUAUUCCUCUCGUGAUCACUACGAUAACGCUGCAACCGAGUCCACAGCACAGAGCUUCGCCUGGAUUCAACAAGGAAGUGUUCGUCGAUUUUAUGGGGGCGCAGAUCAAGACUCUGUCGUUCUUGGCGUACGUGAUUAGAGUCUAUCAGGACGUGGUGUCCCAGCACAGUUCCAUAUUGGUGAAAGGUAUCCUGGGUCUGUUCACCCUGUGCCCCAUGGAAGUGGCGCAUCUACGCAAGGAGCUGGUGAUCGCGUCCAGGCACAUUCUCGCCACGGAUCUAAGGAACAAGUUUAUCCCGCACAUGGAAUGUUUCUUCGACGAGGACAUAUUCAUAGGACGAGGCUGGACCACCCACGAGUCUCUCAGACCGCUGGCGUACUCGACCCUGGCCGACUUGGUCCACCACGUUCGAUUGCUACUACCGUUGAGCGACGUUUCCAGAGCGGUACACCUGUACAGCAAGAACCUGCUGGACCAGAGCCUUCCAACAGCCGUUCAAAUGGUCUCCUGCAAGCUGCUGAUGAACCUGGUCGACACUGUGAGGCAGAGAUCCGACGCGGAGAACAGCACCCAAGGCAGAGAGCUGCUGAUGCGUAUCUUGUUGGUGUUCGUGUUGAAGUUUAAGACGAUCGCGAAGAUCUACAUACCGAUAUUGCGCAACAAGGCCAAGCAGCUGAUGCCCCCCGGGUUGGACAUCAAAACGGAGGACGCGAAGGCCGUGAUACCGGACCUGAACGACGACAAGGAGAUCGGAAAGUCGAAAUUCGGUUUCCCGUCCUCGCAGGCGAUGAGCUACAACGUGGCGGAUUACAGGAACUUGGUGAAGAGUUUGGUGCACGGCGCGAAAGCCAUCACGUCGAACUGCAUAAACAGCAAGACCGGCGAGGCGACGCAGUCCAACCAGUUCCAAUCCAAGGAGACGUUGGUGUACAUCAAGCUGGUGAAAUGGGCGCUGCCGGCGUUGGAUAUUUACACGAUAGGUCCACCCACGAUCGGUGCUGUCGCGCAGCCUGGCAGACCGGCCCAGUCUCAGACGAUACGCACGCGAGAGGAAAAAGAGGUUCUGGAGUUGUUCGGGAACGUGUUCACGCAGAUGAACCCGCAGACGUUCCAAGAGAUAUUUUCCACCUCGAUCGACUACAUGGUCGAGAGGAUCUUCAAGAACUGCGCGCUGCAGAUCAUCGGUAGCGCGUUUCUGUCCAGCCACACGAUAUCGUCCACGUUCGCGACGAUACUGGUGGAGUAUCUGCUGGAAAGGAUGGGCGACAUGGGCUCGAACGUGGAGAGGAGCAACUUGUACUUGAGGCUGUUCAAACUCGUGUUUGGCAGCGUGUCCCUUUUCCCGGCUGAGAACGAGCACAUGCUGCGCCCUCACUUGAAUCAGAUCGUGAAUCGAGCCAUAGAACUGGCCAUGUCCGCGAAGGAACCGUACAAUUAUUUUCUGCUGUUGCGCGCCCUGUUCAGAUCCAUCGGCGGCGGUUCCCACGAUCUCCUGUAUCAGGAGUUUCUGCCGCUGCUCCCGAACAUGUUGGAGGGUCUGAACAGGUUGCAAUCCGGUUUGCACAGACAGCACAUGAAGGAUCUGUUCGUGGAACUGUGCCUGACGGUUCCGGUGAGGCUCAGCUCCCUUCUGCCUUAUCUACCGAUGCUGAUGGACCCGCUGGUCUCCGCUCUGAACGGAAGCUACUGUCUGGUCAGCCAAGGAUUGCGAACCCUCGAGUUGUGCGUGGACAACCUUCAACCCGAUUUCCUCUACGAGCACAUACAACCGGUCAGAGCGGACCUGAUGCAGGCGCUGUGGCGGACCCUGCACAAUCCCACCGAUCAGGCUCACGUAGCGUUCAGGGUUCUGGGAAAGUUCGGCGGCGGGAACAGGAAGAUGAUGAUAGAACCGCAAAAGUUGGAGUACAACGAUCGCGAGACCAACUCGCCGGCCAUCGUCGUCUACUUUCAGGAGCCCACCAAACCGAUAGAUUUCACGGUGGAUAAGGUAAUAGAGACCGCGUUCAACGCCCUCAAGUCGAACAACACCGACUCGUUCUAUCGCAGACAGUGCUGGGAGGUGAUAAGUUGCUACCUGGCAGCCUCGCUCCGACUGGACGACAACAACGCCGUUCUCUACAAGCUGUUCAUGCAUCCCAGCUUCAAGGAGGGCAAGAUUCCUCAUCAGCAAGGACCUCAUUACAAGUGUCCCGACGCUGUCGCGAGAAACGUUCAGCAGACAGCUCUGACCGGCCUGUUCGUCGCCGCGGAGAUCAAAGAGCUGAGACACUCGGUGCUGGGCACCGUGGUGUCGAUCGUCAGGCAUUACACGAUGGUCGCGAUAGCCCAGCAAGCUGGUCCUUUCUGUUUGACCGGGAGGCAAGUUCGCAUGCAGGGUCAGGAUCCUCUCGUUCUGAUCGACGCUCUGGCCGUCAUUAUGGGCCACGAGGAAAAGGAACUGUACAAAUCCGGCCACCUGGCUCUGGUUCUGAUCCUCGAAACCGCCACCAAUAUUCUGGGCUCGAAGGAACGGGCCUGCCAGUUGCCACUGAUGGAGUACCUGGCUGAAAAGAUGUGCUCCCUUUGCUACGAGCGCGCUUGGUACGCGAAGCUGGGCGGCUGCAUAGCCAUCAAGUUCUUGUUCGAGAGAAUGGCCACGAAGUGGGUGCUGAAUCACCUGUUCGUCUUUUUGAAAGCGCUGAUGUUCGUGAUGAUGGACCUGACCGAGGAGGUGUCCAACGGCGCCAUAGACAUGGCUAAAGCCAAUUUGGAAAAGAUGCUGAGAGUAUGCGUGAAUCCUGGUAUACAAGAUGGGAACACGGAACUGAUAGAGGCGCAGAACAAGAGCCUGUACGAGGUGACGCAUGAAUUGGUGCGACAGGUGACGUCGCCGCACACGAUGGUAAGGGAACAAGCUAUGGCGUCGUUGCGACUGCUCGCUGAGAUACAAAACAAAACCGUGACGGAGGUGAUGGAGCCACACAAGGAGGUUCUGGCGGAUAUGAUUCCACCCAAGAAGCACCUGCUCCGACACCAACCGGCGAACGCUCAGAUCGGUCUGAUGGAUGGGAACACGUUCUGCACCACGUUGAAUCCGCGUCUUUUCACCAUCGAUUUAACCGUCAUGGAGCACAAAGUGUUCUUCCAGGAGCUGCUGGCGCUCAGCGAGGCGGAGGACGCAAAUCUGAACAAACUGCCUUGCUACAAGUCCGUCUCCAAUCUGAUUCCUCUGAGGAAGUCGGCGUUAAAGGCGCUCGCUGCCUGCCACUACAUAAUCGCCUGCCGCGAAAAGAUCUUCGGCGUUCUUUACAAAGCGCUGGAGAAACCGAACGCGGAGCUGCAGGAGGCUGCUUUCGAGUGCAUGCAGAAAUUCAUCGCCGGUUUCCAGAUCGACAUGGAGUCCGUUCACGCGAUAAUGCGACCGAUGCUACUGACUCUUGGCGAUCACAGGAACCUGAGUCUCAAUUGCGUCAAGCGGCUGUCGUAUUUGACGCAGCUGUUCCCCAGCACCUUCAGCAUCACGCUCUGCGAACAGCUGCUCCAACACUUGAAGAAACUGUUGGAGAAUCUGAUACAGGCGCACAAAGGUAUAUCCAAGUCGGGAGAGAACGAGCAGAAGAUAGCAACCAUCAUAGGAAUCUUUCAUGAAAUUCCCGCUGCCACUCCGAAGUUCAUCGAUGUUCUGUGCAGGCUCGUUUUGCAGACGGAGAAGUCGUUGAUGGUCGAGGUGUCCAGCCCGUUUCGUAUUCCCCUGAUGAAAUUCCUGUUACGAUACCCGACGGAGACCUUGAAUUUGUUCUUGCAUGACAAUAACAUCAAGGAUCAGCAAUGGAGCAGGUACUUGGAGUUCCUUGUGAAGCAAAAGGACGGGAAACCGUUUCGCGACGUGCUGCACAACAGCACGGCGAGGCUGAUCACGAUGCUGCUCGCCCAUUCGCAAACGAACUCGAAUUUGACUCACACGGACAAGAGCGAGCUACAGCAUCAGGCUAUUAAAAUUAUCGCCAUACUGAUCAAGUACGACGAUCAAUGGUUGUCGACCCAGAGUCAAUUGGUGGGCGCGCUGAAACAGAUCUGGUGCAACGACGAGUACCAGGCGUUGCACAAGAAAGUCGAAAGCGUGGAUUAUUGUCACUGGAAGGAGCCCAAGUUGAUCGUUAAGAUUCUGUUGCAUUAUUUCCGGCAUCAUCCGAACGACAUCGAUUUGCUUUUCCAGCUGCUCAGGGCGACCUGCGACAGAUUCAUACCCGAUUUUCAGUUCCUGCGAGACUUCCUGGAGCACACUGUGGCGCAGGAGUACACGGUCGAGUGGAAACGAAGCGCCUUCUUCAGGUUCGUCGAUCACUUCCCCACGAACAACCUGUCCCAAGAGCUGAAGGCCAACGUGCUGCAACUGAUCGUCAUUCCCUGUUUCGCUGUGAGCUUCGAGAGAGGCGAGGGCAUGAAACUAGUCGGAGGCGCGCCGAUGCCAUAUCAGGAUAACCCAGAGAACGUCGUCUCGGUGUUCAUCAGCAAGAUCAUCGAUCCCGAUAAUCCAUUCGGUUCCGCCGAUUGCGUUCGUAUCUCUCUGCUCCAGUUCUCGUGUCUGUUGGUGGAGCAAGCCUCCCAGCACAUCCACGACGUCACCAACAAAAGACAAGGCAACAAGUUACGCAGACUGAUGACGUUCGCGUGGCCCUGUCUGUUGGGCAAGAAUUGCGUCGAUCCCACGACGAGGUACCACGGUCACUUGCUCCUCAGUCACAUAAUCGCCAAGUUCGCCAUUCACAAGAGGAUAGUCCUCCAAGUGUUCCACAGCCUGUUGAAGGCCCACGCGUUGGACGCGAGGAACGUGGUGAGGCAAGCGUUGGAGAUUUUAACGCCCGCCAUGCCCGUAAGAAUGGAGGACGGCAAUACGAUGCUGACGCAUUGGACCAAGAAGAUCAUCGUGGAGGAAGGACAUUCCAUGCAACAAUUGUUUCACAUUCUCCAACUGGUGGUCAGACACUACAAAGUGUACUACCCGGUGAGGCACCAUUUGGUCCAGCAUAUAGUGAACUCGAUCCAGAGAUUGGGAUUCAGUCCGACUGCUACGAUCGAGCACAGAAGAUUGGCCGUCGAGUUAGCGGAGGUGAUCAUCAAGUGGGAAUUGCACAGGAUCAAAGACGAGGCCGAGAGUUCGGAUUCCGGUGGGAACAGAACAACGUUGGGGUCCAUGAAACGACCCAUAAACGACGAUCCCACGGGGACCAAACGCAUGGCGACCCAGGCGGUCGCAGGCAACGCCGCGAUACCUGUGAUCUUGCCCAGGAUAGAACCAGGAUCAACGAAGCCCAUCGAGAGGGCGCACGCCGACGCUAUCUUGAACUUCUUGCUUCGUCUGGCUUGUCAGGUAAACGAUGUCACGACGAUUCACGGGAAUCCCGGCGAACAGCUGUCCAGACGUUGCGUGGCUUUGUUAAAAAUGGCUCUGAAGCCUGACGUCUGGCCCCAGUCGUGCGACCUCAAGCUUGCUUGGCUGGACAAGGUGCUCGCCAGCGUGGACAGCGCUCAGCCCAAUUAUGGCAACAUCUGUACAGCUUUGGAGGUGCUGACGUUCCUCUUGGGCGUGAUGAAGAGGGAGCAGAUAUUGGCGAGCUUCAAACCUUUGCAGCGUGGCAUAGGCGCCUGCAUCGCGAGCAGCAACACCAAAGUCAUUCGACUGGUCCACGGACUGUUGUCGCGAUUGAUGACCAUCUUUCCAGCCGAACCGACCUCCUCCACCGUUGCCUCCAAGUACGAGGAACUGGACACACUGUACACCACCGUUGGUAAAUUCGUGGUGGACGGUUUGGCAACGUACGAGAAGGACACCGCGGCUACUCCCAGCACGUUAUUCGGCACGUUGAUGAUGUUGAAGGCUGCCUGCACGAACAAUCAAAGUUACAUCGAUCGACUCAUAACACCGUUCAUGAGAGUUUUGCAUAGGAUGGCCAAGGAUCAUCUGCAGUCGACUCAAACGGAGGCCAAUCCGGUCGGCAGCGAGUUGCUGAUCUUGAGCUUGGAUCUCGUGAAGAAUCGGGUGGUGGUGAUGGGCGUGGAGAUGCGAAAGUCGUUCAUCGGUUCGAUCCUGGUCGGUCUGAUCGAGAAAACGCAGGACAUAAAGGUGAUGAAGGCGAUCACGAAGAUGCUCGAGGAAUGGAUGAAGAACAAGAACCCUAUCGCGAUGAACCAGGCGCCCAGCCUGCGGGAAAAGUCGAUUCUGUUGGUGAAAAUGAUGCAAUACGUGGAGAAACGUUUCCCGGACGAUUUAGAGUUGAACAGGCAAUUCUUGGAGCUGGUUAAUUUCAUUUACAGGGACGAAACGCUGAAAUCGUCCGAGCUGACGUCCAAGCUGGAGCCAGCGUUCCUGUCGGGUCUGCGAUGCGUCCAGCCUCAGAUCCGUGCGAAAUUCUUCGAGGUGUUCGACGGGUCCAUGAGGCGGCGGCUUCACGACAGACUCUUGUAUAUUAUUUGCAGCCAGAGCUGGGACGCGAUCGGUCCACAUUACUGGAUCAAGCAGUGCAUCGAGUUGCUCCUGGUCACGGCGAACUCGUCCACUCAGAUCCAGAUGUCCAACCAGGACACGUUGUUGCCCAGCGUGACGUCCGUGAUCAACAUGGCGGACAGCGAGGAGCACAAGAACUUCAUGAUAUACAGUUCCAUCAAGGAGGAGCCUCAAGACAUCUCGGACGCGGUGGACGUGAAGGACGAGCUUCUGGAUAUGGACCUGUCCAACGUGGACUCGACCAUCGUCCCGGACGAGAUCGCCAACGCCGGGAAGGCGACGUUGACGCAGCUGAUCGCUAAGCAAGGCGAAUUCAUCGAUUACGCGAAGAAGAUAAGGACGGAGCAACUGUUGCUGGCCGCGGCGCAACUUUGUCACAUGGACACCAACUUGGCGGAACGUGUUUGGCUGGACACGUUCCCCAGGAUAUGGGGCAUCCUGGACGAGCAUCAGCACAACACUCUGAUCGCCGAGGUGGUACCUUUCAUUUGCAGCGGCACCCACGUCAUUCAGAAAGACUGCCACCCGAGCGCCAUUGCUACCUUCGUCGAGGCGAUAUCACACUGCAAUCCCCCGGUGCCCAUGCGACCAGCUCUGAUGAAGUAUCUGGGCAGAUCGCACAACCUCUGGCACAGAAUGACCCUGAGCCUUGAACAGAUGGCGUUCGACAAUGGGAACAACCAAUUCAAGAUCAAGAGGGAGUCGGACUGCUACGACUUCGAGCCCGACAAUAGCCCUCAUGCUGAGAUUUUGGACUCGUUGUCGGACAUGUACUCGCUGCUGUGCGAGGAGGACAUGUGGUCCGGCCUCUGGCAGAAACACGCUCAUUACAAAGAAACCCUACAGGCGACCGCCCUCGAGCAGCAGGGAUUCUUCGAGCAAGCUCAAGGAGCCUACGACGUGGCGAUGACUAAAUUCAAGCAGGACUACGUGUCCACCCCGGCUCCUUUCAAGAUACAACGGGAAGCAAUGCUCUGGGAGCAACAUUGGAUAAGAUGCGCGAAGGAAUUGAAUCAAUGGGACCUGUUACUGGACUAUGGUAGCAAGAAGGCGGAGAAGAAUCCGUUUUUAAUUUUAGAGAGCUCUUGGCGCAUACCCAAUUGGACGAUGAUGAAGGAGGCUCUCGCCCAGGUGGAGCACAAUUGCCCAAAGGAAAUGGCUUGGAAGGUAAAUUUGUAUCGUGGUUUCCUGGCGAUAUGCAACAGCGAGGAUCAACACUUGAGCACGGUGGAACGAUACGUGGAGCUCGCCUCCGGUCUCUGCAUGCGCGAGUGGCGUAGGUUGCCACAUAUAGUGAGUCACGUGCACUUACCGCUGCUUCAAGCCGCUCAACAGAUCAUGGAGCUGCAAGAAGCGAUGCAGAUCCAUCAGGGAUUGUUGCAUGGUAGAAGCACGUCGUUGCACGAUAUGAAGGCGAUCGUGAAAACCUGGAGGAAUCGGCUGCCCGUGAUAGCCGACGACCUGAGUCACUGGUCGGACAUAUUCACCUGGCGGCAGCACCAUUACACGUUCAUCUCGAGCCAUUACGAUUCGCAGCAGGAUCAGACGACCAACCAUUCGAUGCUCGGCGUGCACGCGUCCGUCCAGGCGAUCAUUCACUUUGGUAAAAUAGCCAGAAAGCACAAUCUUUGCGGCGUGUGUUUGGACUCUUUGUCGAGGAUCUACACGAUACCUAGCGUCCCUAUCGUCGACUGCUUCCAAAAGAUCCGACAGCAGGUGAAAUGUUACCUCCAAAUGGCUUCCGUUAGCGGGAAGAACGAGCUACAGGAAGGCUUGGAAGUGAUCGAGUCGACGAACCUUCGAUACUUCACGAAGGAGAUGACUGCCGAGUUCUAUGCGUUGAAAGGAAUGCUGUUGUCGCAAAUCGGUCGAUCCGACGACGCGAAUAAAGCCUUCUCCGCUGCCGUUCAGCUGCACGACACUUUGGUGAAAGCCUGGGCCCUGUGGGGCGAUUACUUGGAGCAUAUAUUCACGCGGGACGCGCGUCAGAUAUCCAUCGGGAUCUCGGCGAUCACCUGCUUUCUUCACGCCUGUAGGCAUCAAAACGAGUCCAAGUCCAGAAAGUACUUGGCGAAAGUCUUGUGGUUGCUCACGUACGACGACGACAAGUUCUCUCUGAUGGAGGCUGUGGACAAAUACGCGGUGGGAGUUCCUCCGAUUCAGUGGCUACCCUGGAUACCUCAACUGUUGAUGUGUUUGGUUCGACAUGAGGGCAACGUUAUCUUGAAUCUACUGAGCCAAGUCGGAAGGGUGUUCCCCCAGGCGGUUUACUUUUCUAUUAGAACUCUGUACCUUACCCUGAAGAUCGAGCAACGCGAGAGGUAUAAAAGCGCUGAGUUAGCCGCGGGGAAGAACCAGGAGGGCGUCGAGGGACGUGGAACUGCGGGGAAUGUACAGCAACAAGGAGUACCUGAAACGGGGCCAAUUCGAGCCACACCGCCGAUGUGGAGAUGCUCGAAGAUCAUGCACAUGCAAAGGGACAUUCAUCCUACGAUUCUGUCUAGCUUGGAGGGCAUUGUAGAUCAGAUGGUAUGGUUCCGCGAAACGUGGUACGAGGAGGUUCUGAGGCAGCUCAGGCAAGGUCUGGCCAAGUGUUACGCGAUAGCGUUCGAGAACCGUGGUGCCGUGAGCGAAGCUACCAUUACCCCCCACACGCUGAACUUCGUUAAGAAGCUGGUCUCGACCUUCGGAAUUGGAAUCGAAAACAUAUCCUCGUCUCAAAACGUGAACAACACAUUUGGCUCAGCGGCUUCAGAAUCCUUGGCGCGCAGGGCACAAGCUACCGUCCAAGAUCCCGUUUUCCAGAAGAUGAAAGGUCAAUUCACCAGCGACUUCGAUUUUACCGUCCCCGGGGCAAGGUUGCUUCACAAUUUGAUCAGCAAGCUCAAGAAGUGGAUCAAGAUCCUCGAAGGGAAGACGAAACAGUUACCAAAAUCGUUUCUGAUCGAGGAGAAGUGCCGGUUCCUGAGUAACUUCAGUCUGAAAACUGCCGAGGUCGAGCUUCCCGGUGAAUUCUUGUUGCCCAAGCAUUCUCACUACUACGUGAGGAUAGCCAGGUUCAUGCCAAGGGUCGAAGUCGUUCAACGACACAACACCGCCGCCAGGAGGCUACGUAUUCGCGGUCACAACGGUCGCCUCUAUCCUUAUUUAGUGGUGAACGACGCAGGGCUGGGGGACGCGAGACGCGAAGAACGCGUUCUCCAGUUGCUGCGUAUGUUGAAUCACUACCUGGCCAAACAGAAAGAAACCUCCAGGAGGUUCUUGCACUUCACCGUGCCUCGCGUGGUCGCGGUCUCGCCGCAGAUGCGACUCGUCGAAGACAAUCCCGCGUCGGUCUCUUUGCUGGACAUUUACAAACAAGGCUGUGCGAAAUUAGGAAUAGAACACGACGCGCCAAUAGCUAGGUACUACGACAGAUUGGCGACGGUGCAAGCUAGGGGCGCGCAAGCGAGUCAUCAAGUCUUGAGGGACAUUCUGAAAGAGGUGCAAACGACCAUGGUUGCCAGGACUAUGCUCAAGGAUUGGGCGAUUAAAACAUUCCCGGGUGCCACUGAUUAUUGGACUUUCAGAAAAAUGUUUACUUUGCAAUUAUCUCUGGCUUGUUUCGCGGAGUACGUACUUCACCUGACAAGAUUAAACCCGGAUAUGAUGUACGUGCACCAGGACUCGGGUCUCAUCAACAUUGCUUACUUCAAGUUCGACGUUGACGACACGUCGGGCGAGCUGGACGCCAACAGGCCAGUUCCAUUCCGUCUGACUCCGAAUAUUCUCGAGUUCCUCACAAGUACAGGUGUCUCCGGGCCGUUGACUGCCAGUGCCAUCGCCACUGCACGUUGUUUGGUGCAACCGUCGUUCAAAGUGCACACGAUAUUACGCGCCAUCUUACGGGACGAAGUAAUCGCAGAUCAUAACAAGAAGCAAGAGGACGCGGAGAAUGCAUCUCAAGCCCCGACGGACAUGAAGGGUGAACUUUUAAUAACGAUGGUAAGUCGCGCGGUCACAGCUAUCGUCGCGAGGCUGAACUCUUUGGCAAACUUUGACGGGACUGACAGCAAGGUCAGUACGCUGGUCGCUGCAGCCAACAGCCACGACAAUCUGUGCAGAAUGGAUCCAUCUUGGCAUCCGUGGUUGUAAAUGCGUUCUCCAACGGGCCUAAUUGUGCUUCCAGUCUUCAACAAAUACGGAAGAAUAUCGGCGAGCGUAGAUGUUUCUCGCGGUAUCUGUGCAAAAUCUGUAUUAUUUCUAUUAAUUUGGAUUUCAUGCGAGAAACAUCUACGUCCAUUGGUAUUCCUCGUCCUUCGGAUCUCUUGAUUUGUACGGUUUUCUUUUAAAAUUCAUUGCUUUUUUUUUUUUGUAAUUUCAGUCGCAAAAAUACUAUAUUUCAUGUAAAUAUUACGUAGGAGCGGUAAGGAAUCACUUACAAGACACAUUUUUAGUUGUGGCGGACAAAAUGGUUUGACUGUAUUCUUACAUCGACUUUAUGUCAGUCAUUUAUCCGCGUACAACAUGUUUAUAUAAUGUAAAAAUUCUCGUCUCGGGAAUACUCCAUGUAUCAUUUACUGUACAUAAUUUUAAAUGUAAGAGUUAUUUAUAGAUCUGUUUAUAAAUUUAAAACAAGAAAUAAAA